CAGAAAUCGGAUGCAUUAAACACUUCCUGAUCGACGAAUUAUGCUGCGUUUUGGAAUGCAAAUCCUUCUGUUCCUUCUAGUUUUUGAAAUUGUAAAUACUACUACUGUACAACAUGUAAGACUUGUGGGGGAUGAAGUCUUUGACAAUAUGGGGAGGCUGGAAGUAUCGGUAAAUGGCACGUGGUAUGUGGUGUGUUCCGUUGACAGCAGAUACAGCAAUAGGGAGAAUACAGAGAAGGCACUCCGUGUCAAUCUCGGCUGCAACAAACUUCGAAGAAUACACUACCCUUGGUUUGGUGUUGGAAAUGGAACGAAAUGUGUGAGCUCUUUGUUCUGUAAUUCCCAUUCAACCAUUUCAUCAUGUAGAUUUUCCUUCACCACAUGCUGUUCUACAGAAAACGCCUAUUUCUGUGAUGAAGCAACACCAUUCGUCAAUUCCAGUUUGAAUCUGGUAGGGGGUUCCAAUAUAUCUGGACGAUUAGAAAUUCAAAUUGAAGACGUAUGGGGAUCAGCAGAAACUAACGGCUGGAGUCGAGCGGUAGCUCGAGUCGUUUGUCGCUCUAUGGGUUUACCAUGGACAGCAGCCCUGACCGUGACGAAUGGACUUUAUGGACAAACCUUGGGGAAGUCCUGGAUGACAAACGCUGAUUGUACUGGCUCUGAGAAUGAUAUUUCGCAGUGCUCGUUCGAUGUUCUUGGAGAAAAACGGACUUACUCAAAUAAUGCCGGAGUUAUAUGUACAGAUUCUAUUCCCAUAAGACUGACAGAUGGCGAUACACCAACUUCCGGAAGAGUGGAGGUGUACAUUGACGGUAAAUGGGGAUAUGUAACAGUGACUGGAAAAACAGCAGUAACAGCUAGGGUAAUCUGCAGUCAUAUUGGGACUUCCAGUUCGGCGACCAAAGCUUUUCCAGUAAAUUCAGGAUUUUAUGGAAAGUCGUCGAGCAUAGCUUGGUUAACAUCGUUGCAAUGUUCAAGUGUCACAGACAGAUUGGAGAAUUGUGCUCAUCAAGUCAGCAGUGAAUUUCUCACAUCAGUUAAUUUUGGGGUUGUUUGCCAAGACAGGGACUCGUUUUCAGUUAGAUUAGCUAAUAACGAGACGGCAUACAGAGGCUAUGUGGAAAUAUUAUUGGGCGGCGUAUGGGGGACUAUUUCACCAUUUUACUCUUCGUACACUUAUUGGGAUAGAAAAGAAGCGACAGUAGUAUGUAGGGAACUUGGACUUCCAUAUUCGGUGUCCCUUCCCGUCACUAACAGUUUGUUUGGCUCCCGGCAUACUGUGCGGUGGGUAGAAAAGAUAAUCUGUUCCGGCACUGAGCAGUCGUUACUAGACUGUGAUAUCGAUCCUGGGAGCGUUUCCUACAUCAGCGCCCCGAAGGCCGGUGUGAUAUGUACAGAUAUCAGUGAUGUACAGUAUCGCAUUACAUCAAAUACAUCAGCCGGCAGGAUUGAGAUUCUAAUAGACGGAACCUGGGGUGGAAUCAACAAGAAAUCUUGGAGUAAAAAGUCAGCGUCAUUACUUUGUAAACAUCUACAGAAACCUUUUUCCCAUGCGUUACCGGUUGUGAAUGACGCUUUUGGAUUUAGCUUCUGGGAGUGGUUGACAUCUGUUAAUUGCUACGGAACUGAAACCGAUCUUAUCAAAUGUCCAAACGACGUUACAGGGCGGUAUGGUACGGUCGGUGUGGGAUCUGCUGGAGUUGUUUGUACAGAUUAUGACAAUCUUAGUAUUCGCCUUUACAAUGGAAGUUCAGCAGGCAGAGUGGAAGUUCUCUUAGACGGUAUAUGGGGAGGUAUCGACGCCAGUACUUGGACACAUUCUAAAGCAACCAUCGUGUGUAAUCAGAUUGGAUUGCAAGGACGAAACGGAUUCGCUGUCACCAGCAGUCUUUAUGGGACGUCGUCCACACUGACCUGGUUAAAAGUAGGGGGAUCCUGUUCUUCAGAUGUGCAGAUUUUAAGCUGCAAUGUUGACGUCAUGGCAAAACAUCUCUCUCCAAGACAGGAAGCGGGGGUUAUCUGCACAGAAUUCAGCAAUGAUUUACUCGAAAUAUACAAUGGGAGUUCAUACGGAACUUUGCGGGUUUUCCUGGACAACGAAUGGGGAACACUUAAUGCAGAUAACUGGGGAGAAAAAGAGGCAAUUGUGGCGUGUCGACAGCUUGGCUUGAUUUCAACGAAGGCGUUGGCUGUAACGUCGGAAUAUUUCGGACCUUUGGGUGACCGAUUGUGGAUACAAGAGUUCAAAUGUACAGGAAGCGAACGAAAUAUAUUAGAAUGCCCCUUGUCCAUCUAUGGAUAUUUAGAUGUUCACGUAAAAGACGCUGGUCUUAUUUGCCAGGAUAGGGAAAGUUUUACCAUAAGACUCACAGGAAAUAACAGUACACAGGGUGUUGUGGAAGUAUUUUUGGCGGACACGUGGGGAACUAUAGAUCCAACAAACUGGGAUAAUAAUGGAGCUAAAUCCGUUUGUAGACAUUUACAGAUACCGAGUCGCUUUAGUUUCGCUGUUAAAUCAGGAAUUUUUAAUCAAGAGAUUUCCCACCAAUGGCUUUCAAGAGCGAGUUGUACUGGAAGCGAACCCACGUUGUUUGACUGCAGACUGUUUGUUUCGGGACAAAUAGAGACGACUAAGGCGGCUGCUGUUAUUUGUACCGGAUCUCCCGAAGUGCGUCUCGUUCAAGCUAACAACAGUAAAAGUGGCUUAAUAGAACUAACAAUAGAAGGAGAAAAAGGUUAUGUGUCCCCAGUGGGAGCAAACGAAGCAAAGGUUAUUUGUCGUCAGCUCGGUUAUUCCACAAACAUUGCUUACUACGAAGGCUCUACAGCAUUUCCUGCUAUAUAUGGCCGCCGCUGGGCAUCCUUGGUGUCCUGUCUGGGCACAGAAGAAAGUGUUUUUGAUUGUUCCUUGACUAUUGACGGAGCAUUCAAAACAGAACAUUAUGCUUAUCUUUCGUGUGAAGACUCCUUUAAACUUAGUGUCGUGGAUGGCAUCGGACACCAUCAGGGAACUCUUCGUCUGUCACUUGGAAAUUUGCAUGGCUAUAUAUACCCGCAGUCACAGAGCUAUUGGUCCGUAGCGGCAGCAAAAGUUGCUUGCAGACAACUUGGAUUUCCUACUUACAAAGUUUUCAUCUAUAAAUACUUUGCACGGAAAACAGGAUGGCAACUGAUUUCAUAUUUAAUAUGCAGUGGAAACGAAAGACAAAUUGGACAAUGUAAUAAAUCUUACAAAAAAGGAUUCUUGACUACGUAUUUCUCCGGACUGAUAUGUACAGGUUUGGAUGACUUUGUUGUUCGCCUGUCCGAUGGUCAGUAUGGCCGAGGUCGUGUAGAAGUAUCAGUAGGAGGAGUGUGGGGAAGUGUUGCAUCAUCUAGUGGCUGGACAUCAGGCAAUAAUGCAAGAGUCGUCUGCGCUUCGUUAGGAUUUGAAACUGGGGUAGCUGUCACUAACGGCACUUACCUGUACGGAACAGGACCUGUUUGGAUUCGAGACUUGAUCUGUGGUGGUAACGAGAGAUCAAUCCGUGACUGUACCUUUACCAUCAGUGGAACAAACUUCUACUCACGUUCAUCAUCUAGUCCUGAUGUCGGUGUUGUCUGUGUCAACUCGCUCUAUACAAGGUCGACAACUUUAUCAACGGUAACUUCCGACUCGUCACAUGGAAUUCAACUUAAAAACGUUUCAACAAACGAUUCAUCUCCAACUAAUGAGGAUGUCAUUGCUGCUAACACACCUAAACCUAAAAUCCUCAAAGAAGUGGUCCAUGAAAAUACUGGAAUGUUCGUUGCAAUUGCUGUAGCAGUUUUCUUGGUAGCAGUUCUGAUUGUUCUUGGUGUGUGCUGGAAGUUUAGAAAAGGCUCCAAAUCCUGCGGAUUUAAAGCAAAUGAGAACAAUACACGCAACACCGAGGAUAUACCAAAUGAUAUGGAACAAGAUGGCUAUCAGACGGUACCAUUUUCAACAUCGAAAGGGAACCAUAUUGAAUUCAAUCAGAAUGCAACUACCCGCAGUGAAGGAAAUAUGCCGUGUAGCAGCAGCAAGACAGACCCUAAAACCAUCGAAUCACCUUGUCUGCAAAAAGAUAUAUCGUUUGAGUUAAAGAACAUUCAUCAACCUUGAAAAAUAGUCAAGGAAGUGAAAACAGGUCGUAUGAUAACGCAUGACGACAAACCAUACCAUAAAGGAACCAUUAUAUCAAACAAUAGAAACUGUAAAGGAACCGUUUUACCUAAUAAUAGACACUGUAAAGGAACCGUUAUACCUAACAAUAGAUAAUGUAAAGGAACCGUUAUACCUAACAAUAGAAACUGUAAAGGAACCGUUAUAUCUAACAAUAGACACUGUAAAGGAACCGUCAUACCUAACAAUAGACACUGUAUACCACUUCUUAUGGUUAAUAUUUUAUCUGUCAUACAAUUUUAACAUUAUUACUAACUCACCAAUUAUUACAUUAUGCAUCUUCAGUUUUAUACACAUAAUACAUACUAUCGAAUAAGAAUUAUGGAGCCAUGUCGUGCUAUAAGCUGGAUCUAGCUACAGAAACAUGGUACAGGGUAUGAGGUGUAGCACCUGAUGACGACCUCAAAAUUCUUGCCUAAUGACGAUCUCAAAAUUGUUGUAUGGCAAAAUUUAUAAUUAAUAACUAAUAACUAGUAGCACUCUAUUAUCAAAAUUUUCUUUGGCGACCCUACCCUAAUUCUUUUCUGUAUAUAUUUUAGUUAUUUCACAUGUAUAUACAUACCUACAUGUACAUCCCUAUUACUAUUACCUGUUACUAAUAUUACUAAUUAUUACCUUCUAUUAAAAUCCAAAUCCAAAUAAAUAUCAAAUAUUCUGUUAUUUAUAAAAAAAUAUAUAUAUAUAUAUAUAUUAAACAUAAAUUAUUAUUAUUAUAAAUAUUAAAUAAAUCAAAUCAAAUAAAAAUUAUUAUAUUAAA